CACACACACACACACGGUGGGCUAUUCCUUCUCUGCUUAUAAAUGGAAGAAGGAAAGAGAAGUUCUCCUACCAGCCUCAGCAGCCUGAAGUGUGCAUGUGUGUGUGUGUGAGACUGAAGAUUGUCCUGCAUCUUUUCUACCAAACAGAUCAGCAGUACACCAAUCAUGACUGACCAGGAGACUCCUGAGAACAUUCCCAUGCCCUCAACACCAGCCGCGCCCCCUGUACGCCCUAAACCGGCGUCUCAUCGUGGACGCAGCACAGGCCCAAUUGCCAACUCCAACAAAGAACAUGAAGAGAUCCCGGAGUUUGAGCCUUUUAUGCUCCUGCCUAGAGGUCCUCCACCUCUUACUGAUUAUUUGGAUAUCUGGGAUGUCAAUAUGCUCAAACAGCCCAAUGAGUUGAACAAGCAGCGGCAUCACACGAACCUCUACUCCAAUGACCACCUGAUUGUACGCCGAGCGCAGGAAUUCCUCAUCAAAAUCACCUUUAACCGCCCUUUCAAUCCUGAAAAGGACAAGUUUGCUGUUGAGUUUGCUAUUGGUGCUGGUGCACAGUACAGUAAAGGCACCUACAUUCCCGUUUUCCCUACUGCGGAGCGGCAGAGUGUGUGGCGUGGUCAGAUCAUAGAAAAGUCAGACAAUGUUGUCACCAUGGGCAUCACUCCUGCUUCUGACUGCAUUGUGGGAAAGUACAGGAUGCAUGUCGCUGUGGUCACUCCAUAUGGCAUUCGUAGGACUAAGAGGGACCCAACAUCGGACACGUACAUACUCUUUAACCCAUGGUCACCAGGUGAUUCAGUGUACCUUGAUGAUGAAGAGGAAAGAGAGGAGUGUGUGCUAAAUGAAUUGGGCAUCAUCUAUCAUGGUGCAUACGAUGACGUGGCUGAACGUACUUGGAACUAUGGACAGUUUGAGUUUGGCAUACUGGAUGCAUGUCUGUUUGUCUUGGAUAAAGCUGAAAUGCCCAUCACUAACCGUGGAGAUCCUAUCAAAAUCAGCAGAGUGGCAUCUGCUAUGAUGAACGCACGAGAUGAUGACGGUGUGCUGUUGGGAAACUGGACUGGUGAUUACCUGUAUGGUGUGGCUCCUACCUCCUGGACAGGCAGUGUGGAGAUCCUGCUUGACUACGCUGGAGGAGGAGGGCGGUCAGUCGGUUACGCCCAGUGCUGGGUCUAUGCUGCUGUGCUUAAUACUUUCAUGCGCUGUCUAGGUAUUCCUGGCCGAGUUGUGACAAACUUCUUCUCUGCUCAUGACAACAAUGGGAACCUAAAGAUGGACAUCAUACUAGAUGAAAAUGGCAAAGUGGACAGAAUCCACACCAAGGACUCCAUCUGGAAUUAUCAUUGCUGGAAUGAAUGCUACAUGUCCAGACCUGAUCUUCCCGAUGGCUUUGGAGGCUGGCAAGUUGUAGAUGCUACACCUCAGGAGACCAGUGAUGGUAUGUACAGGUGUGGACCUGCAUCUGUUGCAGCCAUUAAACAUGGGCAGGUCUGCUAUCCUUUUGAUGCCCCAUUUGUGUUUGCAGAGGUGAACAGUGACUUGGUCUACUACACCAGAAGCAAAGAUGGCACAUUGCAAGUGGUCAAGGUAAACCCCAGCUACACAGGCCGCAUGGUACUGACCAAAGCAGUGUUGGAUAAUGGACGGAGGGACAUCACAGACCAUUACAAAUUCCCUGAGGGCACUGCAGAGGAACGCCGAGUUCUGGAGAAAGCUGAGGAGUUUGGCUGUCAGCGGGAAAAGGCUUCUGUGCGCCAGGCUGAUGUGGAGGUAGAGAUCCUUGCUCUGGAGGUGCAGUGGGGGGAUGAUUUUGACCUCGAGCUGCAGUUCACCAACCACAGCAGUGAGCCACGUGUGGUGGACAUCUACAUCAGUGGUAACGUGGUCUACUAUACAGGAGUGCCGAGUGCUGAGGUCAUCUUCAAGACUCCAGUUGUGAAACUGCCACCGCAGCAGAGUAAAAAGGAAAGAAUUCUGGUGCGCAGUAAGGACUAUCAGAGUAAGCUGGUGGAACAAGGAAACCUGAACUUCAUUGCUACGGGAAAAGUGCAAGAGACAGGUCUAAUAAUAACCGCCAUGAGGGUUGUGACUGUGCACAAUCCUAAACUCACUGUGAAGGUGACUGGUUCUCCCAGAGUGGCUGAAGACAUGUAUGUAACUGUGGAGUUUACCAACCCCUUCAAAUUCAGUUUGGAAAAUGUGUAUGUGCGUGUGGAGGGGCCUGGAAUCAUGUCAGUCAAUACUAAGCAGUACAGCAUAAUAGGCCCAGGCAACUCUAUAACCUGGACCGAGCGCUUUAGCCCUCGCAGGGCAGGAAGCACCAGAAUGAUGGCCAGCCUGGACUGUGCUGCUCUCAGGCAGGUGUAUGGGGAGGUGGAGGUCACCAUUCACACUUAAACUGAGAGAGAGAGAGAGAGAGAGAGAGAGAGAGAGAGAGAGAGUGUAAGAAAGAUCUAGAUUUAGAAUCAUAUAGAAAUACCAUACUGUAGGUUAAUCUCUAUAAUGUUAAUGUUGAUUGAAGAAAUAAAAAGCUAUAACCUACAAGCAACAUUUCACCUUAUAUACAGUGUUUGUUUCAAUAAAUUUAAGCAUGAUAGAGAGAUGAUUGUUAAAUAAAAAGCAUUUAAAAACUU